AUGACCCUGGGCAGCUGCUGCUGCGAGAUCAUGUCCUCCGAGAGCUCCCCGGCCGCGCUGUCCGAGGCCGACGCAGAUAUAGACGUGGUGGGCGGCGGCGGCGGCGGGGGGGAGCUCCCCGCCCGCUCGGGGCCCCGCGCCCCCCGGGACGUGCUCCCCCACGGCCCCGAGCCUGCCCCGGAGGAAGCCGAGGCGGACGCCGCCGAGGACGAGGAGGAGUCGGGCGGCUGCUCGGACGGCGAGCCCCGCACGCUGGCGCCCCGGGCCGCGGCCGCCGCGGGGAGCCCCGGGCCGGGGGCGGCGGCGGCCCGGGGGGCGGCGGGCCCCGGGCCGGGGCCGCCGUCGGGGGGCGCGGCGACGCGGAGCCCGCUGGUGAAGCCGCCCUACUCGUACAUCGCGCUCAUCACCAUGGCCAUCCUGCAGAGCCCCAAGAAGCGGCUCACGCUGAGCGAGAUCUGCGAGUUCAUCAGCGGCCGCUUCCCCUACUACCGGGAGAAGUUCCCCGCCUGGCAGAACAGCAUCCGCCACAACCUCUCGCUCAACGACUGCUUCGUCAAGAUCCCCCGCGAGCCCGGCAACCCCGGCAAGGGCAACUACUGGACGCUGGACCCCGAGUCGGCCGACAUGUUCGACAACGGCAGCUUCCUGCGGCGCCGCAAGCGCUUCAAGCGGCAGCCGCUGCCCGCGCCGCACCCGCACGCGCACCCGCACCCCGAGCUGCUGCUGCGCGGCGGGGCCGCGGCCGCGGGGGACCCGGGCGCCUUCCUGCCCGGCUUCGCCGCCUACGGCGCCUACGGCUACGGCUACGGCUUGGCGCUCCCGGCCUACGGCGCGCCCCCGCCGGGCCCGGCCCCGCACCCGCACCCGCACGCCUUCGCCUUCGCCGCGGCCGCCGCGCCCUGCCAGCUGUCUGUGCCCCCAGGCCGCGCGGCCGCGCCUCCACCCGGACCUCCGACGGCCUCGGUCUUCGCGGGGGCAGCCUCGGCGCCCGCGCCGGCGCCCGCCCCGGGCACGGGGUCCGGCCCGGGCCCCGCCGGCCUGCCCGCUUUCCUGGGCGCCGAGCUGGGCUGCGCCAAGGCGUUCUACCCCGCGUCGCUGAGCCCGCCCGCGGCCGGCACCGCGGCCGGCCUGCCCACCGCACUGCUGCGCCAGGGCCUCAAGACGGACGCGGGCGGCGGCGUGGGCGGCGGGGGCGCCGGGCCCGGGCAGCGGCCUUCCUUCUCUAUAGACCACAUCAUGGGCCACGGUGGCGGCGGGGCAGCCCCCCCGGGCGGGGGCGAGGGCUCCCCGGGAUCGCCGUUCGCGGCGGCGGGUCCUGGGGGUCAAGCCCAGGUCCUGGCCAUGCUGACUUCGCCGGCCCUGGCUCCAGUGGCCGGCCACAUCCGCCUCUCGCACCCCGGGGACGCGCUCCUGUCCUCAGGGACGCCGUUUGCCGGCAAAGUCGCCAGCCUCAGUGGCUGCCACUUCUGACCGCGUGCGGCUCAGGGCCAGCCAGCCCCGCACUCCGCAGCCUCUCCCGGGAGCUCCAGCGGCCCCAGCGGAACUCAGGGAGUCUAUUUAUGAAGAGUCUCCAGACCCUGGGCCGGCGCGCGAGACUUGGCACUUGGGGCUCCACACUCAGAAUCUUGCCGACAGUUGGGACGAAGCGGGCUCCGACGCUCAGGGAGAGGCCCGGGUCUACGCGACGAGGUCGCCAGCCGUGAGAUCCCGCUCCAGUUUGGGCAGUCAAGGGGGAGAGGGUAGCCCUCGCUCUCCCCGGCCUCUGCGCCCCCGCGUCGGCCCCAGAACGAAGAAUGCUUUCCCGGAAAGAUGCCUGCCCAGGCCCAGCGGAUCCCGCCAGAAACACCAACUGCGCAGGGAGGGCUCCCUUUCUGCCUCUCCCUCAGCCCUCCCCCGACCUGCGGCUCUGCUUUUCCAAUACGAUAAUUUAAAGACGCCUGUUAUCCGCUUUGUGCUUAAAAGAAAAAUUCACCUCUCCCUCUCCCCCUUAUUGUUCUUCAAGGAAGUUUGUUCGCUCCGAAGCCUAAAGCAGUGUCUACACAGGAGAAGCUGAAGGGAGAGGUGAAGCAAGGGCCCUCCACUAUUGUUGGGGAAACCCUGGAUACCACUCCAGUGAGGAAAGUCCUCCCUCUUUUAUGUUGGAUGAUUUUGAAGGAACUUUCCCCCUUUUCUGUGGCCGGCGGGGUCCAGCCACCCAGGGCCAGCAGCCCUCUGAGCGUCCUUCUCUGCCCCAGGCCCUGGGAUAUUUAUUGUAGCUAAAGGCAGUGUGGUUGG